UUGUUUUCUUUUUCUUUUCUUCUCUGUGUCUCUCUUAUUUUUGUGUGUUCUCUCUUCGUUUUGAAAUUUUUAGAAAUGUUUUGGUUAAUUAAACUACGUGGUUUUUCUUCAAAAUUUGCAAUUUUGCAAUUCCUUAUUUGCUUUUCUAUAGUCCGUUGAAGCAUAUUGAUCUUUAGUUGCUUAAAUUAGCAGGGGAUAGUUUCUAUUUCUCAUUUUCAAUCGAAAUCUUGCCUGAAACCUUUACGCUUGUUAGACUUCUUUUUCCCCUCUUUCCCUUUUUUUAAUCAAUUUUAAUCUUUUAUUUAGACUUUUUUUUAUAUUUAUUUUCAAUAAAAUAAGCAAAUAAAAUGGCUGACUUUAACGGUUUUCUCAAUGGCGCUCCUUCUACAGAAGAACAAUUUAAACAAUUGAAUGAGCAUUUGGCUACUCGUGGUUAUCUCAAAGGGUUUCUGCCUUCGACUGAGGAUAGUUAUGUUUUUGGUGUUUUGAAGUCUUCUACUAUUUCUGCUCAAUAUCCUCAUGUUGCUCGUUGGUUUAAGCACAUGCAAAGCUUUUCUGAUGCGGAGCAGACUGCUUGGCCAAAAAGCGGUUCUGGCGGUUCUGGACCAGCACCGAAGGCAACGACAACUCCAAAGGAGGCACCAAAGGAAGCACCUAAACCAGCAGCGGCGGUAAAUUUUAAAUCAGAGAAGGAAUUAAAAAAUUUUCAGGCCGACGAUUUUGACUUGUUCGGAAGCGACGAAUCCGACGAUGAGGAAAAGAAGAAAUUGACGGAGCAGCGGCUGAAGGCUUAUGCUGAAAAGAAGGCUAAAAAGCCUGGAGUUAUUGCCAAAUCAAAUGUUAUUUAUGACGUUAAACCGUGGGACGAUACAAUUGACCUUAAAGAAAUGGAGAAAAAUGUUCGUUCAAUUGCGACAGAUGGACUUGUUUGGGGUGCUUCUAAAAUUGAACCUGUUGCGUUUGGAAUUAAUAAACUUCAGAUUUGUUGUUGUGUCGAAGACGAGAAAGUGUCAACAGACUGGCUUGAAGAGGAAAUUCGUGGAUUUGAAGAUUUGGUUCAAUCUGUUGAUGUUGUGGCUUUUAAUAAGGUUUAAA